AUGACCAGUGAUGCUAUCGAUGAAAUUCUUUCUUCGCCUCCUGGUCGCCCUACCUAUCGAGCUCGCGAUGCUAUCACCACCGACCCUGCUUUCGAGACCAUUUAUUCAGAUCCUCGUAAUCCUUCCCAGCGAAAUCCUGCAGUACGCAUGAAUCCUGCUUAUGGGAGCCCUUAUUUUGCUCCUGCAGGUCUUCCUCACCCUGUCCCUUAUCCGUAUCAAGGCCCUUGGCCUGCCUCUGGGUAUCCUCUGCCCCAAGCCCAUGAUACGAUGUCCGCUGAUGUUGGUAACGACCACAAUGAUUCCAGCUAUGGUAGCAACCAAUCCCGCUGUCAGCAUGGAUUUAUCCAGUCCCGCAUGUCCCUAAACAUUGGCUCCAAUACAUCCUCAGCUGGGUCAGGCCAAUCUAUGAACUCCCCACGGAUUUCAGCUGGAGGAGGCCACCCAAGCGCUCAGACCAGAGGACUUGACAUGACAUCUAUGCCCCCACCUGCUAUGCGUACAGCAAACCUUGCAGAACACACGGCACCAGAAGUCCCCGACACUCCCUCGACUCAACUCCCUCUGCGUCCCCGGGGAUCUGCUGAGAAACGGACUAUAACAGUCGUGCAAUUCAAUGAUGUUGCUGCCCACACAGCUAAAUGUGAUGAAUGUGACCACCGAAACAAGGACGGCAUGAUCCGCUGCACGUCCUGUGGGUGGCAAUGUUGCCGCUGCUGUCUGCGUCGACGUGGUGGAGAACGGUCUCAUUCUACAUUCAAGAGCGAGCAUGUCCCUGAGGAGGGUCAGAAUAACAUCGAUAUCCCUCCUGUUUCGCCCUCCAAUACACCUAAAUCGCGCUCAACGACGGCUUCCCGCACUCCAGGAACAGCUCAAGCUCGCAUUCCGGCUCGCACUCCGGCUCGCACUCCGGCCAGAACGCCAGCUCGAAUCCCAGCUCGUACCGCAGCUCGUGCUCCGACUCGUAAACCAGCUCGUGCGGCGGCUCGUACUCCAGCUUCAACUCCAGCUCCAACUAAAGCUCGACCUGCAGCUCGUACCCUAGCUGCGGCCCAAGCUCAGACUCCAGCUUGGAGCUCGGUUCAUGCUGCCGCUCCAGCCCCAGCUUCAGAUAUUACACGCCCUGCACGUGCUGAGAGUGCUCCCGCUUCUGCUCCUGCUGCAACCGUUUCUCAGGCUCCUCGGCGUCGGCUGAUUCGUGGCCGCCGUCCACGUAGUCCUGAUACUCGUGGAUCUGCUUCGGAACUUGACCCCAGCGCAGGCUCUUCCUUCGCCACUGACGCCGCUGCGGAUUCUGGAGCUCACCCUGUUCCCACUGCUCAUGUGGCUCUUAACGCGGCUCCUCAUGCUCGUAGACAGGUGUCUGAGGACCCUGACGAUCCAGAUGUGGCUGUCGCACGAGCUCUGAUGGAUUUGUCCAAUCGCUUGACUCCUGCGACACGAGCUGCGCCUCCUAUGUCCUCGGAUUCCGAGCUUUCCGACGUUCUGGAUGUUUCGGCCCCGAGCUCAGAUCCUGUAACUUCCUUUGAUAGCGAUCAGACGUUGUCGGAUAACAUCAAUGACGACACGGAUUACAUGGACCUGGGAGUCGAAGAUGACGAGGAUGACGAGGAUGACGAAGAGGACGGGGAAAACGAAGUGGAAGAGCUUACGCCCGAGCCUACCCCCGCCCUCCUCGUCGUCCUUCUCGCUUUAGCGUUCCUGUUGAUGAGUUCGGCAAGGGUGAAUUACAGGCCGACCUUCGACGUAACCCUAGCCGCAAGACCCGACCCAUCGACCUGA